AUGCAGACGAAAAAGGAACAUUCACAACAUCUUGAAACACAAAAGGUAAAUAACUGCUCUUGGCUCGGAUGUGAAAUGAAAUUCUGUUCCUCUUCGGUACUUCGACAGCAUUACAAAAUACAUCAAUCUAAACCUCAAUGUGAAAAUUGUGGCUAUCUCUUUCCUAACAACCGUACCCUACGAAUACAUCAGCAACAAUGCCACGGACAUAACC